AUGGAUAGGAAACAGAUAUCUGUAGGGUUCAUUGGCUACCCAAACACCGGUAAAUCAUCGAUCAUCAACACAUUGCGUAAGAAGAAGGUGUGUACGGUUGCGCCUAUUCCAGGUGAGACCAAGGUCUGGCAAUAUAUCACUUUGAUGAAGAGGAUUUUCCUCAUUGAUUGUCCAGGUAUAGUGCCGCCUAGCUCAAAAGACACGGAAUCCGAUAUCUUGUUCAGAGGAGUGGUGAGAGUUGAGCACGUGUCGCAUCCAGAACAGUAUAUUCCCGACAUGUUGAAGAAAUGUGAACGAAAGCAUUUGGAACGAACAUACGAAGUUAAAGGGUGGAGCAAAUUCGAGGAGGAUCCAUCGCUACUUGAAAAGGCAAGUAUUGAGUUUAUAGAGUUGAUUGCAAGAAAGGGAGGUAGGCUAUUGAAAGGUGGUGAACCUGAUGAGAGUGGAGUGGCGAAACAAAUCUUGAACGAUUUCAAUAGAGGAAAGAUUCCAUGGUUUGUACCACCACCACAGGAUGAGGAAGUAAGGACUGGUGAGGAUAAGAAGGCUGGUUACAAACGAAAGAGACAAGAGAGGGAAACAAAAGCUAAGGAAGCAGCAGCAGCAGCAGCAGCUGAAGAAGAAGAAGCUUCAACAGAAGAUGCUGAAGUUGAAGAGGAGCUGGCUCUCAAAAAGACAAAGUUAAGGUAA